AUGGAUGGCAAUGGCCAGCACCCGGGACCUGCGCCGUCUCCCGCUACCCGAGGCCCUGCGCCAUAUCCGCCAGCAAUGUCUUCACACGGCUCCAUCUCAGGUCCCAUGCACCCAGCUGCUCCCAUUCAUACCGGUCCUGAACAACAUCAUCCCUCCAACAGGCCCGCCUCGCCGGCCAUCAUGCAAGCGCAGCCAAAUGGACUCGCCCAGCCGUACGGUUAUGGAAAUCUCCCGGGUUCGACGUCGGCGCCUACUGGCAUCAUGACAGACCAGUACAUGACAAACGACUCCGCCAUGUCCACACCGGGCAUAUCACCAACCCAUCAUUCCGCCGCUGCUCUGUCCGCUCAGCAGAAACGCGCCUAUCGCCAGCGCCGCAAGGAUCCGAGUUGCGAUGCUUGCAGAGAACGCAAGGUCAAAUGCGACGCCACCGAUACCUCGAGUUGCUCCGAGUGCACCAGUCGAGGCGUCAAAUGCCAGUUCACCAAGGAGACGAAUCGCCGCAUGUCCUCCAUCAAGCAGGUGCAAGACCUCGAAAAACAGCUGUCGAUGGCCAAGCAACAGAUCAAUCAGCUUCGAGGCAUGCUCCAGGAUGGAGGCGCCGCAGAGAUGAAUACCAGUGUGCCAAACAUCCCCUCGUUACGAUUGCUAGACGCAACUGCCAAAGAGCGUCGCUCGGCCCCCCAACCUCUGGAAGGAUUCGACGAGGUGAGGCAGAACAUUCGCACGUUCGGCAAAGGCAUAUUCAAGCCGCCUCCACCCUACCGACAGUUCGCUCCUCAACCGAUAUAUUCCCACGCGUCUCAUCCGCCUCUCCCUCCGAAGCAUGUCGCAGAUCGCCUGCUUUCGUUCUAUCAUGGGUCGGUUCAUCUGUAUGCGCCGCAUGUCCACUGGCCUACAUUUGUACAGGAAUAUGAAGAAGUCUACCGAGCCGGGUCAUUCCAAAGCUGCCGCCAGAACUGGAUCGCGCUGUUCUAUGCCGUCCUCGCGUGCGGCACGCUGAUGGAUCCGCCAGUCAAUGCCGGAGAAGAGGGAGAGGGAGCGCGAUUCCUGGAAAUCAGCAUGAGGAGCAAUGAUACGUGGAGCGAUGAGUUGUCCUUGGACCAUGUGCGCACAUGCCUCUUGGUCAGCAUCUACCAUGUCGAGAUGAACCUGCGAACGCCCGGCUGGGUGUGGCUCGGAGCGGCAGUACGCUCCGCACAGGACCUUGGACUACACAUCGAUCAGGGAAGCUAUUCCCCAAUGGAGGCUGAGAUGAGAAGACGGGCCUGGUGGAGCGUGUACAAUUGGGAUAGGUUUGUGGCUCCCGGCAGAAACCCCUCCCAUCGCGUGCUAAUUUGUCGCAGAGUAUUGGCUCUUGAACUCGGGAAACCUUUACUGAUCGAUGAUGACGACUGCGAUGUGAACGAGCCGGUCCCAGUCGACGACGAUUGCAUACGGCCGAGCGGAAUCACAAUGCCUCCCCCAGGGCAAGUCACUCCGAGCGGAUUGCUAGCUGUAAUACCCGUCACUCGCACCACCGCGCAGCUGAAGAAGACUCUCAAGUCGCAAUCCAUUGGGACAUCAACUCUUGCUACCUGCGACGAGCAUUUCAGGGCUAUCAUGGCUUCGUGGCCCGACCCCUAUCCCAUUGGGUCGCAGGCGCAUCUGGAACCGGGCCUGCUGACCGCCGCGUGCAGCUUGCUCACGCAACGCCUCUUCCUGUACCGGCAUAACUUGUCACCGGCUUGUCGCCCGCACGAGAGGCGCGAUGCGCUGGACAGGUGUGUCACCGUGGCACAGGAUGCUGCAGAGUACGUGCAACGCACCCUCCGGCACCCAUCGACUUCUCCGGAACAAGGGUUCCUUUCUCCUCCGCAUCUCGCGAAUUGGUCUUCCCGGGUUCGCACCAUGUGCCCGGCCUUUUUCUGUACAUUCCUGUGGAGGUGCGAGUUGAUUCUCUGCUUGCGAGGCGAGUUUGCAGCGGCGUUGACACUCUCGCAUGCCUCGGCCGCCGUCGGACCGAUGAGGAGAAGGAACAUCGCGUGCGGGCGAUUUCUGGCCUUCUUCCUGGACAAACUGAUCGGACGAUUGCGAGCGGGAGCAAGCUUCCAGGCACUCGAGACGGACGAAGAGAUGCUUGCAUACGCAAGCGGAGAUCUCCAAGGAUGCGAAGACGGAGGUUGGGUAUGGGCGGGCAGCGAGUGUGGCGCGAGCCUAUACCAGCAGCAGGCGGUUGUCACCGGCGCUGGGGGCGAUAAGCCAGCGCUGCAGGCCGAACAAUUGUCCACGAGCACUCUGUCGGAGCGCGAGGCACAGGACUGGGGAGGAUGGGAGCACAUCCGGCGCACACUGGACCAGCUUUCACAGGAGCAGCAAGGACAGCAAGCGCAGCCCACGAGCGCCCCUUCGCAACAACCUCCACCGCAGCCUAUGCCAGCCUCACAGGGACCGCCGUCGUAUCCUUCGCAGCCGCCGAAUCUGGCACCUCAUACGAGUACGCAGCCGCCUCCGGGCUCGCUCUCGCCUCAUCCGUCGAACGGCGGCGGGAACGGCAGCGGCAAUGGAAACGGCAAUGGAGGAGCGGGAAGCAGCAGAAUCAGCAUCCGGGACAUCAUGUAA